GAAAAAUAGACACUUCACUCGUACUUGCUUAUAGUAUCGCGAUUUGCUCCAACAUCCGGUUUAUUAGUGUAUGCAUUUCAAAGCCUUCCAGCCGCUUUACUUUUGAGACGACGACACUCUUCAAGUUUUACAGGAGAAGUGCUUCGCUUUGACCUAAGAUUUUAUUAACUUUUUCGAACAUCAAAAAUGCUGUUGACGCUCGCCUGGUUGAUGCUGUUCUCCGGGGCUGCACAGGAGGCCGCAGCAGGAUCGAUCGUCCAUAGUUCCGAGAAAAUAGGAACAAGCCCCGUGGUUGUACAGGACGCAUCUUCCGUGGUUGAUGAAGAGCACUCUAGUUCCAAAAUUUUCGAGCCGCUUCGAAACCGGCCGAUUGUGAUUGUCACCGUGACCCACCGGCUGCCGCUGACCGAGCGUGUGACCGAACUGCUCCGCUCCCUCGCGAAUCACGAUGGCGCGGCUGUUUAUUCCGGAAGUACAACUUCUAGUACCGGUCUGUUUGAACUAUUCGAAGAGUUGGACCCUUUGUAUCCGGAAAAGCGGCCUGGCGAAUCCAACGGCCCGCACGCAACCCGCAAGAGCCUGGAAAGUGCCUCCCUUCGGCUCCUCACUAACGCCCGCCGGCCGCAACUCGAGAUGCAGGCGCGGCUGUUUCGCGGCUUGGCCUAUUUGAGCUGCAAGAAACGCCGUAAGCUCUUAAUCGCCGCGGAGUUGGCGCUGAAUCGAGACGAGGAGAAAGAACGCAAGGGGCAGUUCGGAGCCUCAAGAACAUCUUCCGCGAGUACUCGAAGAAGGGGCUAUCCGCGUACAAAUCCACUACUCAAUUACGCAGAGGCUGUGAGCAGGCGAUAUCCCGGCACACAGCUGCGAAUGGCGGCAGAAGAGAUCUAUGAGAUGCGGUUUCGCGACAAAGAGCAGGAAGAUUUGGAAACGGCCGCAAACGACGGACUAUUUCAGCAGUUCCUGACACGGGGCGUUUUUGACGGCUUCACAACAGAGCAGCUGCGCCUCGCAAACGCGGCAAUGUGCCGGGUUUUGUAUGAAGAAAUGCUGGGAAAGCUGGAACGCGUGUUCAAUACAUCUGGAGGGGAGAACCAGUUUUUGUGGCCGGAGGAGCAGCGGGAACUGAGCAUCUUCCGGGGCGGGGAAACACUGAAACCAGGCGGCAUCUUCAGUAUGAUAACUGACAAGGAAUUCGAAGACCAAAUCCGCCCAGAUACCGCACAACUGGUACCGGUCGAGCAGCUGGCGUUAAUGUCCCUGCGGUCCUCGUCGUCCCGCAAAAAUAAACAAAGCGGCGGCCGUGCGGUGUUGACAGAACCCGAAGCAGCUUCUAAAUCCUGCUCUAGGCAGAAGUUGCGGCAGGGGCAAAAAUCUUCACGUGGCUUCAGAAAUAAAGGCGGAUCCUCUUCAGAGUCAACUUGGUCAUCUAGGCGUUCCGCUACUUCCGAAAACACGAGUCGUGCUGAGACCACUUCCUGGGCCUCAGAUUCUUCUUCAACAUUCUCAGACUCCGAGGCCUCCGAGGUUAUCACCGACGCACCAAGUUCUUGUUCGCCGUCGAUUACGGAAGGUCGUGCACCAGAUCAUGAGGAGGAAAAUUACAGCAUGCAGCUCCUGCAAGAGCUGAGGAACCUCCGAUCGCAAGGGGACGCCGGUGCGAAACAGGAAAUGGAGGAGGGGGAGUUGUUGGUGAAGAUUCGCAAUUUGUACUGGUUGUACCGUGCUGCGAAGCGGCUGGGGAAAGUGGAUAAUAGUACAGGAGAUAGAACUAUGCAUUGCAAAUAUGUUUGGGUCUGGAAAGUUGGAACUUGUAAUGCGGGCCUUACAUUCCUGUAAAAUCUGUAUUGCAUGACUAACAAAAGUCGUAGCCUCUCUUGUCAUACAAAAACGCAAUUUGUCAUGCGCAGGGCGGAUGAGAAAGCGUCCUACAAACUUGUCAUGCUCUGCUACAUAAGGAAGUGUUUUCAUCAUGCACAUUUUAGCAUCACAAAUUUCCAGAUCCAGACAUUUUUGCAAUGUAUAAGAACUUCUACAACUCGUAGAAAUGUUUAUAAGAAGCCGGUGGUCUUUCUCGUCGGCCAAGGGCACGCGGAUCAUUUACUUCGAAGACUCGCGGCCAUCCGCGGUCUGCAGGAACCUUAUGAUAUAAUUACGCAACCUGACACACAUGCCGUGUACACGCUGAAUCUUUUCGGCCCGGAAAACAUCACCACGACACUGGCCCAAUGGGAGAAAUUGCGUCAGGCGGGAAUCACACUCCAGCCCGACUAUAUGCCGGCCGCGGAACAGGAACGAUUUCACAACUUUUCCUGGCAAAAUUGGUAUGCAAACGCGCCGCCUUUCGCGUGGACCUUGUACCGGAAAUUCUUUGUGGAGCGGGAAUAUUAUCCUGUGGCGAACGAUUUAGUGCUUCCACAUCAGGCAGCAGUUGUGCCGAACAUUUUCGCUUCGCACGUGAUGGCGAAGGGGAGCACCAUGCAGCCGGACGACGGCCCAGCGGCUCAUGCGCGCGGAUUACAACUUCACAAAUUGGUGCCCUUCGCGCGCUGGGCUCCUGCGCAACCGUACGACGUUUUUAAGCUCUUGCGCAUCCUCGCUAUAUGGCAAGAGGAGGCGCCGGGUGCUGGGCUACAGCUGACGAAUUAAAGUGGCCUCGUCGAAAAGUGAUCUACUACACUGAAGAUUAAUAAGCAACAGCAUGGGGAGGUCGACCUCCCCGGUUAUUAAGGCCGCCGAGUGAGCGAGAAUAUAUGGCCGGUGACCGGGGACUUCUAUAUCAACAAGGACAUCAACAUCAGCACGCUUCAACUUGAACAUGAACAUCAGCAAGGCUGCCUGGUACAGGUUCCGAUAGCUUUGUCGUUCAUGUCGAUCUGUUGGACGCGAACCAACUAAUUAGGUCUAGAUUUGUUGACGUUUGUUGAAGGGAAGGAGCGCGGGUGUACAACUUCGUGCACGAGGAUACUUUUUUUCGGACAAAGUUCUUGUCCACUUUUGGUGAAGUGACUCUCAAACUCAAAUCACAAUUCUAUACGCACCAGCUGUUUUUGAACAAGAUUUUUCCACUGCAUGUCUAUGUGAUUUCCAAAACUUCAUUGAGCCACAAUUACUUUAAAUAAGUUGAAGGCCGCAAAUAAUCGGGAAAGAGACACAGAAGUAGUGGCAAGAUUUAUUCAGAGCACGUCCGGGCGAGUAGACGAUGUAAAAAAUUGUCCUGCGAGGAAGGUAUAAAUAUGAGUCAGUCACAUUUUCCUGCGAAGAAUGUCAGUAUUUUUCCCGAUUCGUUUGUUCGUGUGCUGGGUCGCACUACCUUACUUCAAGUUCUAUUUUUAAAUCUCAUCUACAAAGACUUUUAUUUUGAUUUUACAUUGUUUAGAAAUCUGCAUCUGGUGACUGACCUGCGGGCGGCUAGAAAUUGCAAAAAAGACCUUUACGAAAAAGAAAAGAACUAAAAUACUAAGCACGUGCAAGCCAACACUAGACCUAAAAAGAGAUAGAAAAAGUACUACGUGUUUGAUUUUCAAUCAUGUGGUGGAGGUUUACAUACAAAAACUUCAAGGGAUAGAGGGGAGCACGCCAUCGAGGAUUUUUCGGAUCACAUCGCACCUAGGGCGACUGUGCUUCAAAAAAUGUAAAUCUCGAUCGGUCGGCGACGCUUGUGGUGGAGUGUUCACAUCAAAAACGCAAAUCUGUAAUGCAACAAAAAAAGAAGAAAGAACAAAUUGAUUAUGAUUUUGAACAAACAAACACGCUCUACCAUUGUAUUUGCGGCCGCUGCUGGAGUUGCGAGUGCGUGACUUCCGUUGCGAGUCUGCGUCGCGGGGCAGAUAGACGCCCUCGCACGCAACGACCACACUGCUCCUUCCUAGUCGUGUGCCAGGUUGCGAACAGAUGUAAGCCCGCUCCUGUCUAUCGAGGGUUGGAGUAAGAGGCAACGCCAAUCACCACCUAACUCCUGUCCUGUCCUCCGCAACGCCUUAAUGUCAAUGUCAAAGAACCUGCAACAAAAUCGGAACUAAACUCUUUAACAAAUCGUAGGCGAGAAUGCAACCCUAACAAGUCGGCUCGUGGCAGAAGGAAGAACAGAAUGUCGGUCUUUCGUACUUAUGAAAUCGAUCGCGCAAAAAAUUUGUCGCGCAGUUCUGCCAAGUGUCGUUUUCUGCAGAGUUUAAAGCGCGUUUGCAAAUAUUUAGCUCUUUGAAGUUGUCACGCAACUGUCUCGCAGGGUCAUGUCGUGCGCUUACAGAAUUUACGGUAGGCGCGAGUAGAUUAGACACCACUCGAGCCCGUUUGUUAACAGUUCGCG